GGCCCUGAGAUGAGUGUCCGGCCUGAGCGGGCACACCAUGAAUAGAUACACAACGAUCAAGCAACUUGGGGAUGGAACCUAUGGUUCCGUCCUACUGGGACGAAGCAUUGAGUCUGGGGAGCUGAUUGCUAUUAAAAAAAUGAAAAGAAAGUUUUAUUCCUGGGAGGAAUGCAUGAACCUUCGGGAGGUUAAGUCUUUAAAGAAGCUCAACCACGCCAAUGUUGUAAAAUUGAAAGAAGUUAUCAGGGAAAAUGAUCAUCUUUAUUUUAUCUUCGAGUACAUGAAGGAAAAUCUUUACCAGCUCAUUAAAGAAAGAAAUAAGUUGUUUCCUGAAUCUGCUAUAAGGAAUAUCAUGUAUCAGAUAUUACAAGGACUUGCAUUUAUUCACAAACACGGCUUCUUUCAUAGGGACUUAAAGCCUGAGAACCUCCUCUGCAUGGGCCCAGAACUUGUGAAAAUUGCAGACUUCGGGUUGGCCCGAGAGAUCCGAUCAAGACCCCCAUACACAGACUAUGUAUCCACCAGAUGGUACAGGGCUCCAGAAGUGCUCCUGAGGUCUACCAACUACAGCUCCCCCAUUGACAUCUGGGCAGUGGGCUGCAUCAUGGCAGAAGUGUACACCCUCAGGCCACUCUUCCCUGGGGCCAGUGAAAUUGACACCAUCUUCAAAAUUUGCCAACUGUUGGGGACACCAAAAAAGACCGACUGGCCUGAAGGCUACCAACUUUCAAGUGCAAUGAACUUCCGCUGGCCCCAGUGCGUACCCAAUAACUUAAAGACCCUGAUUCCAAAUGCUAGCAGUGAAGCCAUUCAACUCCUGAGAGACAUGCUUCAGUGGGAUCCCAAGAAACGGCCAACAGCUAGUCAGGCGCUUCGAUAUCCUUACUUCCAGAUUGGGCAUCCGCUGGGCAGCACCACACAGAGCCUUCAGGAUUCAGGAAAACCACAGAAGGAUGUCCUGGAAAAGGCAGGCCCGCCUCCUCACAUUAAGCCAAUCCCACCUGCCCAGCCCCCAACCAAGCCACACACACGGAUUUCUUCGAGACAGCAUCAGGCUAGCCAGCCCCCUCAGCAUCUCAUGUACCCCUACAAAACAGAGGCUUCCAGGACAGACCACCUGAACCAUCUUCCAGAGGACAAGCCAAGCCCGUUGCUCUUCCCGUCCCUCCAUACCAAGAAUCCUCAGUCGAAAAUGCUGGCUGGCCUGGAACACAAAAAUGGGGAGAUCAAGCCAAAGAGUAGGAGAAGGUGGGGUCUUGUGUCCCGGUCCACAAAGGAUUCCGAUGACUGGGCUGACUUGGAUGACUUGGAUUUCAGUCCAUCCCUCAGCAGGAUGGACCUGAAAAACAAGAAGAGACAGAGCGAAGAGACCCUCUGCAGAUUUGAGAGUGUUUUGGACCUGAAGCCCUCUGAGCCCAUCGGUACAGGAAAUAGCGCCCCCACCCAGACCUCUUAUCAGAGGCGAGACACCCCGACCCUGAGGUCCGCGGCCAAGCAGCACUACUUGAAGCACUCCCGAUACUUGCCCGGAAUAAAUAUAAGAAAUGGCAUACUUCCAAAUCCAGGCAAGGAUUUCAUUCCAUCUAACCCAUGGUCUAGUUCUGGUUUGUCUGGAAAAUCUUCAGGGACAGUAUCGGUAAUCAGCAAAAUAAAUUCAGUUGGUUCCAGCUCUACAAGUUCUAGUGGACUGACUGGAAACUAUAUCCCCUCCUUUCUAAAAAAAGAAGUUGGUUCUGCUAUGCAGAGGGUACACUUGGCACCUAUUCCAGACCCUUCCCCUGGCUAUUCUUCCCUGAAGGCCGUGAGACCUCAUCCUGGGCGACCUUUUUUCCACACCCAGCCUAGAAGCACUCCCGGGUUGAUGCCCCGGCCUCCGGCUGCCCAGCCAGUGCAUGGCCGGACGGACUGGGCUUCUAAGUACGCGUCUCGGCGAUGACUGUGCCGAAGCUUCUGGGGGUGCAGGAAAGCAGGACACAGUCCCUCCACCAACUGGUGUUCUGCUGACAAGAAGCUUGCGGAUGGUGUAAAAGCAAACCAACACUUUAUAGUUGUUCUUCUGAACGAAGACAUUUCAAUAUUCUUUAAAAAAUUUUUUUUAAAUAUUGAUUUGAACGCAGUACCCUUUUUUUGUACAAAAUUAUUUUAUUCUAAAACUGGGUCCCAUUAUUUUCUUAAACAGCGGCAUUUUGUAUAUAUGGAUUAUGUUUUAGCAUUUUAUACAGUCAACUUUGUAAUGAACUUUUUAAAAAUUAAUUGACUUUCCUUUGGGGUUCCAGAUAAUAUUUUAUACAGAUUUUUAAAAAUUUAAUAAUAUUGAUGCAGUAUUGCAACAGGGGUGCAAUUUAAGGCUACAUGAUAGAGGGUUAUUUACUCAAUGCGUGCAGAUAUUUGUGAAGUGGUUAAAUUUUAAAUGUGGCACAUUGGCACUUCAGGUUCUCUUGGACCAGUGUCAGCCCUAGAGAAAUGAUCUUCUGCUUUUCUCAAUAUCAUGUUAUUCGUUUGACUUUUUUGAUACCACUGUGCUGUUCUGAAAGUACCAUUAUGCAGUUCAUUUUGUUUUGUGUUUCCCAAAUGAAAGAACUCUUAAGUAAAUAUUUUUUGAAAUGUUUACAACAACGCUUUACAGUGGUUGGAGAUAAGCGAAUGAAACCGAGCUUUACCACGCUAGGCUGUCAUAUUCUAUUUUUCUUCUAUUUUUGAAAUCAAACUGUGUAAGUUCCCACAGAAGGGAAGCUUUUCAGGCCAACAGGUUUUUAACAUAAAGGUUAACACAGUCAGUUAAACUUAGAUCCCUGCCAGGAUGCAUGACCAAAAAGCUAAGUUUCAAAGCAGCAGAAGGGUUUUUUAUUAUAAGUGAUCAGAUUUUGCAUUCAGCUUAGUUCUCCAGGCCUGGCUAGGAACAAACAAUGAAUAAUCUUCUGUCCUAGCUAAACUCUCAGGGCACGUUGGGGAGCAGGAACUUACCCGGGAAGUCACGGUUACCAUGAUGUUAGUGUCCAUAGCGUGCCACAUUUGAACUCUUAACCCUUGUGUAGCUUCUUCACACAGUGGGAACUCUAUUUGUUGGGCAGAGGCUGUUCCAUUGAGAGGAAUGUUUACAGCAAUUUUGAAAACGACAAAGCUAGUUUGGAGACAGAAAAAGACAAAAGGUCCACUCUUCAUCCAUCUCUGUAGGGCAUUGUGCCUCCACCCAUGGUUACCUGAAAGGCAGGAGGGAAGGUCUCCGCCGUUGAACAAGAUACAAACUCAAUAGCACAUUGACUCACAUUCUGCCAAGCUACUCUUAUUUGGUUCCAGGUUCCAACGUAUAGCAAAUUGAGCCACAUGAAGUUGUCAUUUCUGUAGGUUAAAAAGAUACAUUGCAGUGAAUAUUGGCACUUUGAUUUGAUUCAGCCCAAUAAGUUGGUAAAUGACUGCUUUGACGUAUUAGUAACAUGUUGCGGCCUGAACAAAUUGCCAUGGCUCCCGAAGAGCCCUAAUCUAAAUCACGGAGUAAUUUUUGUUUUGGAGAAUCUGGCUCAAAAAUGUACUUGACCAAGCACUAUGAUCCCUAGGGGCACAAGAAAAGCACAUGAUGGAUGUGGAUUUGGUAGGUAAUAUUUUCUGUUAACAAACUGGCAGCAAAGCUUCAGAAAACAAAUAUGUAUAUGUAAGCACAACUUGAAGCUGAAUUCACUUCUGUAUUAUAUGCUCAACUCAUUAUCUAAAGCAACAGAAAGUGUGUUUUCAGAGAUGAGUCCUUUACUGCGAUUAAUAUUUAUUUUCCCUUUCUGUAUUAUGUAUAAAAAGUAAGUGAAUCUGUAACCUUACCCAGCUUGCUGGAAAGCUGGUUUUAAAUUGUACAUACCUCUUAGAGAAGCUAAUGGAUUGUGAAUAUCAUAUGUGUGGCCCUCUAGCUUAUGUUAAGGUCAUUACAUUUUUUAAAUUAAAAAACCUAGUUACCUGGUUGUUACACAUUAUAAACUUGUUUUUCUAAUACUUUUGUGGGCCCAAACUCAGAAAAUAUCGCCUUUUUCAUCCUCUUACGUUUUCCUAUAUUUGUGAGUAAACAACUCCCCUUAGGAAGCUGAACAUGUUUAUCCAUGCGAAAGUUGAGCAGCAGAUGUGCGGUUUGGAAAAACAGAAGACUGAAAAAGCAAUGUGAAUUCUAAAGAACUAGCAAAAUCCUAGGAAGUUCUCUUUUUUCCCCCUGAAAUGGGUAAAGGGCAGAUGUGUAUACAAGCUGUUUACUAUAAAAGGGAAUAGUGACCAUUUUUUGGUAAGUGAAAAUCACAUGCUACCUGGUACAUCUAUUUUUUUCACUGUACCUAUUUGUGACUAUACCUCAUUUCCAGUCAGAAAGCUUUUUGGGAUGUUAGGAAAUGGUACAAGGACAGCUCACUCCAAGCCCAAAGGUCCAGUGAUGGUGGUAUGCCAAGGGGUACAUGUGUAAACUGCAAGGCAAGCUUCCUGGGCAUAAAAACUACUCUUGGUAUGAUUGUUCAUCUGACAAUAAAAUUCCAUUAAUUACUAAGCACUCACCCAGCUUAUGUAUGAUAGGGUUUAAGUAGGAAGAAAAUUGAUUUUCAAACAGUUUUUUAGACACAUCUCAUCUAUAAAGCCUAAAGGACUAUAUACUUCUAACAAAUUAACACUGUGUCAUCUUCUGACGUUAUCAAAAAUUGAAUAAAAUCAAGGUAAUGCCUAAGUACAAGCACCAGUACCACUAGAGUUCAUGGGCACCACCUUUUCUCAUGAAGUAGCAUUUCCCUACCGUCAAGCCAUUGUUUUGUGCCAUUUAGGAGAGAAAAAGAGUGCAGCCUGUAUGUUCCAGCUCAGUGUAUGACCAAAAGCAAUAUGUUUAUAAGAAAAUGUUUGACAUGCUAAUUAUUUUAUAUCAUUUAAAGCAUACUGUAGCAAAUUGUUUGUUUAAUAUAUGUGGUUAAUUUUUAGAAUGAUUUUUACAAUAUCCAACCAAAGUACUGUAUUUUAUAUAACUUAUUGUGAGGACCUUCUCAUGGAAACCAUUCAGAAGACAAACUGGAGGCAAGCAUCGCAUUAAUCUGUAUUAUCAGUUUCUUAUGGACACUGUGCUAAUGUGAAUUUGAGAUGACCCAAACAGUCUUCUGAUCUCAGAUAUCUUAGUACUGAUAGCAGUUUAGUCACCUGAUUUGAUUACAAGGGAAUCACUGAGAAUAUAUUUAUUUAUAAAGCAAAUAUUCAUAAUGAUGAGAAGAUAGAAGGACAGAAAACCACUGAAACAAGCCCCUUCUGAAAUAAAAUGUUGCUUUUUGAAUAGUUUGUCCUAAAGUGUUUAAAAAUGUUAACUUUAUGUAAGGAAAAUUCUCCAAAUAAAGUUACAGUUUAAGAAAAAAAAAA